GGUUUGAAACUUCGACAACGAGCGCAAGCAGUAAACCAACUGAACAGCAAGAAUGCAUCUGGGUCACCGGCAGACGCCAUCGACAGGUGUGAGGAAUGAUUCUCCGGGGUCAGAGGUCAACUACACAGCACCCGUGGGGUCAGAGGGCAACUAUGCCGUACCCCCGGGGUCAGAGGUCAACUAUGCCGUACCUCCGGGGUCAGAGGUCAACUACGCCACACCCGCGGGGCCAGAGGUCAACUACGCCGUGCCUGCGGGGCCAGAGGUCAACUACGCCACACCCGCGGGGCCAGAGGUCAACUACGCCGUGCCUGCGGGGCCAGAGGUCAACUACGCCACGCCUGCAGGGUCGGGCGACGAUCCACGCUUGCUGCAGCGGCAGUUGCGUCCGUCGGUGAUCACGUGCGUGCCGACCCCGACCUUGACUCCGACCCCGACCUUGACCCCGAUCGCCGGCCGUGCCGACCACGCCCUCGCCUCGCGCCUGUGGACGGACUCCGUCGUGCCCGGUUACUCACCAGCGAAUCAGAUCUCUCCGCGCCCGCCGGCUCCCUCUG